GCAGAAGUUUUAUGCAACGUCAUAAGUGUUCAUUUCAGCUGUGACGGACUAUGUAUGUUCGAAUGUGGUAGGCAAAAGUGAACUGUGUAACGUGUGUUCUACCAAAAAUGUUUCUACUGGAAUGGAUGACAAAUGUACUUAGCUUUCUAGGAUUAUGGAAGAAAAGUGGAAAGCUUUUAUUCCUUGGUCUGGAUAAUGCUGGUAAAACAACACUGCUGCACAUGCUUAAAGAUGAUAGAAUGGCUCAGCCUGUACCCACCCUUCAUCCAACAUCUGAGGAACUGAGUAUAGGAAACAUGCGAUUUACAACUUUUGAUUUAGGGGGUCAUCAUCAAGCCAGAAGAGUUUGGAGGGAUUAUUUUCCAGCUGUUGAUGCAAUUGUUUUUCUGGUUGAUGCAUUUGACAGAGAAAGAUUUCCAGAAUCUAAAGUGGAACUUGAUAGCUUAUUAACAGAUGAGCAGUUAGCUAAUUGUCCAGUACUUAUUUUGGGGAAUAAAAUUGAUAUACCUGGAACUGCUAGUGAAGAUGAGCUGAGAGCUUAUUUUGGACUUUAUGGACAGACAACAGGAAAGGGAAAAAUUGCUCAGUCAGAACUUCCAGGACGACCUUUGGAACUUUUUAUGUGCAGUGUGUUAAAGAGACAAGGCUAUGGUGAAGGUUUCCGGUGGCUUGCACAAUACAUAUGAUUAUUGCAUCAUAUCAGUAAAUGUGUAGGUUCAAUACUUUGAGACAAAACCAAUGAUUCAUUACAUAAACAAAGUAAAUACAUCUGUCUAUAAUAGAACUUGGUAUAGGAAUGAAAAGUUUUCAAGAACAUCUAAAAAUAUUUUUCCAGUUACUUCCCUUUUGAUACAUUCAUAUCAUUUGAAGCAAAAUAUAUUAGUUUUAUUAAUUUUAGCUAUAAAUAAAGCAAGAUAAUCUUCUUGGCAUCUCAAUCAGUAAAAUAAUUAUAUACAUAAAUUAUAUAUAUAUACACACACACACACAUCUAUAUAUAUUAUUUUAAAAUAUUAUUGAUUUUGAAGGAAUGUUCUACUGAAACUAAACCAUUGGAAAAAAUAUUUAAUCUUUUUAUUAGAAAAUGGACAUUCUUAGCAUUAUUUAUUUUGUUAAGUUUUAUCAUCUGUAAAUUACUGGAGAGUUCAUAAAAUUUAACUUUUAUGAGAAUGAAUAAAAAUUCUUGAAGAAGAAAUUCUUAUUUUAUUAAGUAAGUGAGGAGAGAUACUUUGAUUGAAAAUAAAGUUUUAAACUCAAAAAUUUAUAUAAAACUAAGUCAUAAGCUAAUUCAACUAAAAAAUUAGAAAAUGUGCAAAAAUGCUUGUAAACUCUUAAAGAUGUGCUUUUUUUUGAGGCAAUAAACUAGCAAUUUUGAACACUUGAAAGAUUGACAAUUCAAACAUUAUUUUCCAUGAGUAACAUGAAUUCUGUCACGAUAGCUACAUGUACUGAGCUGGAAUUUUUUUCUUAUUGUACAAAGUCUCUCUCAAUCUGCAGUCUCUAACAAUGAAAAACUACUCUUGUGUUAAAAAAUAAAAAUAAGUUGCGUAUUCACAA